UGGAUCGUCAUCCAGCAGAGAAUUGAUGGUUCGCUAAGUUUCGAUCAAAAUUGGACAACUUAUAAAGCCGGAUUUGGAGCAUACAAUGCCAAUUUUUGGCUUGGACUAGAGAAAAUCUAUCAACUGACCAACUCAGCCAGUUACAGACUGAGGUUUGAAGUUCUUUCCAAUGGAUACUGGACAUCGGAUGAAUAUGACAAUUUUAAGAUCGACUCAGAAUCUCUCCAAUACGCCAUACAUGUCUCUGGCUACAGCGGUGAUAACUUGGACAUUUUGAACCAACCACCACACGGUGCAUCAUUAGUUUCUCACAACGGCAUGAAAUUUUCAACUCCAGACCGGGACAACACUCCAAAUCGUAGGAACUGUGGCCUAAGUUAUCACGCAGGUAAUUGGUUCAACUACUGCUAUGCACAGAACCUGAAUGGU